AUGGUCGUGAUCUCACUUGCAGGCCAACAUCUGGCCAGAAGCGCAAGGCAUCAAUAUCUUCAUCCAACAUCACUUUUGGUGAAAUUGAUGAUGAGCAAAACCCAAAGGGCAAUAAGAAGAUCAUGCUUAGAGACAUUGAACGGCAAAGAAGACAAGAAAUGGCCACCCUUUAUGCAUCUCUUUGAUCACAACUUCCCCUUGAAUAUCUCAAGGAAACUAAGAACUAUGUGGGAUUUUUUUAAGGGAAAGAGGUCUAUAUCUGAUCAUGUUCAUCAGACAGUGAAUUACAUAAAACAUCUACAAAGCAAUAUCCAAGAGUUGCAUAAUAAGAGGGAUAGGCUGAAAAGGUCGUGCGAUAUUUCAUGCUCUUCCAGUACAAGUACUGCAGUAACAAUGGAAAAUUCCCUGAGUCCAAUGAAGGAGUCUGUAGUAUUGGUUAGACCUUGUAAAGCAGGAGUGGAGGUUGUGGUGAAUACUCCCAUGAAACAAAGGCUUGCUCUUGCAAGACUGCUCGAGAUUCUGAAGAGAGAAGGACUUAGCACAAUCAGCUGCAUCUCAGCACAAGUAAAUGAAAAGUUGAUUUAUACGAUUGAAUCUCAGGGAUUUGUAGCUCAAGUGGUUAACACAGUUCUUCUGUUUUUGAGUCCCCCCGUCCUCUAUAAUAUCGCUUGUAUAAAAAGUGUCUUACCUAUCAACCAUGACUAA